AUGACAACACUGCAACGCCCAAAAGAUUUUUUCAGCGACGCUGAAAUCGAGCAGCUGCGCCAGCACUCACCCUGGCGCUCGGCCUAUGCUUUGCUGCAUUGCUGGGGGGUGAUUGUGGCCACCUGGGUGGUGGUCGGCAUCUGGACCAACCCGCUGACGGUUCUGCUGGGGAUCUUCAUUAUUGGGGCACGCCAGCUGGGUUUAGGGGUGUUAUCUCAUGAUGGCGCCCAUUUUGCGCUCAGCAGAAAUCGCAAGCUCAAUGACUGGCUGUCGGAGUGGGUACUGAGUCGUCCGUUUACCAGCGGCACCAUCUACGGGUACCGAAAGUAUCACUUGCAACACCAUGCGUUCACUCAGCAACCUGAAGAUCCCGAUCUGCAUUUAUCCAAACCCUUUCCGAUCAGCAAGACAUCGUUCCGACGCAAAGUCUGGCGUGACCUUUCGGGUCAAACCGGUUGGAAACAGUACGGCGCCAUGUUCUCUGAUGCGUUUAAAGGUGAAACCACCGGUCAGGCUUUAAAAAAUGGUUGGCGCCGCUUUGGUCCUAACAUAGUGAUUAAUCUGUUUAUUCUUGCCGGUUUCAUCCUUGCGGGAAAAUGGUACCUCUACUUUCUGCUGUGGUGGGUGCCGGCGUUGACCUGGAAUCGUUUUGUCACCCGGUUGCGUAAUAUAGGCGAGCACGCGGCCGUACCUGACGAUAACGAUCGGCUGCGUAACACCCGCACCAUAGAAGCCAACUGGCUGGAGCGGGCUUUCAUUGCACCUUAUGGGGUGAAUUACCAUCUGGAGCAUCACCUUGUGGUCAACGCGCCCUGGUACAACCUUAAACGGGCGCAUCAGAUGCUGAUUGAAAAAGGUUUCCUUGAGCAGAUGGAAGUCCAGCCAAAUUACAAAGCCAUGCUUGCGGUAGCGAUUGAAUUUCUGAAUGAGCCUGGCGUGCUGAUGCGCAUCGCCGUGGUGCGUGCAGACGGCAGCCCUCUGGUGACGCCGAUCUGGUUCCUUCAUGAGGCAGGUUCCAUUUACUUUACGCCGCGUGAAAAAUCGGCCUGGUUUGCCUGUUUACGUCGCGAUCCGCGUGUUUCGUUGUGUAUCGACGAACAGCCGCUACCCUACCGGAAAGUUAUUGUGGAAGGCGCCGCGGAAUUGGUCUUUGAUGUAGGUGCAGAUGAUCAAUGGCGCGACUUGUAUCAGCGCACCGCACAGAAAUAUGUCGGCGAACAGGGUGCACAAGCUUAUGUGCAGAACACUAUUGAUCAACCCAGAGGUCUGUUCAAAGUAGUACUCGAUAAUGCCAAGGUCACCAGCUGGCGCAUGCCGCUGGAGACCGAAGACGGUAUGGGUAUCUGGCACGAUCGCUACUACGUGCCAGGCACCCAUUUUGAGUGA